AUGCCUCCUGGCAACGAGAAAGGACGCCCGUCAGCCUCGGGCAUCCAGGGCGGCAGAACCUCAAGAGCGAGCGAGGCCCUCGCCCGGUCCCGAAGCCAAGGUGAAAAAGGAGAUUCUGGUGACAUAGGGCCCCCUGGCCCUAAUGGAGAACCAGGCAUCCCUUGCGAGUGCAGCCAGCUGAGGAAGGCCAUUGGGGAGAUGGACAACCAGGUCAGCCAGCUGACGGCCGAGCUGAAGUUCAUCAAGAACGCGGUGGCCGGCGUGCGCGAGACGGACAGCAAGAUCUACCUGCUGGUGAAGGAGGAGAAGCGCUACGCGGACGCGCAGCUGGCGUGCCAGGGCCGUGGGGGCACGCUGGGCAUGCCCAAGGACGAGGCGGCCAACGGGCUGAUGGCCGCCUACAUCGCGCAGGCCGGCCUGGCCCGCGUCUUCAUCGGCAUCAACGACCUGGAGCGGGAGGGCACGUUCGUGUACUCGGACCGCUCGCCCAUGCAGACCUUCAGCAAGUGGCGCAGCGGCGAGCCCAACAACGCGUACGACGAGGAGGACUGCGUGGAGAUGGUGGCCUCGGGCGGCUGGAACGACGUGGCCUGCCACGUCACCAUGCACUUCCUGUGCGAGUUCGACAAGGAGCACGUGUGAGCGCGCGCGCCGGGGAUGCACCUGCCGCCAGCCAGGGGCGGG